AUGGAGUUGGCAGUCCAAGAGUCCAAUCUCUUUGAGAAAGAAGGGGAGUUACAUGAAGUUUGGGAUCCAUUAAUUAUGGAUUUAAUGCAAAGACGGCUUGAUGGUGCACAUACCAACGUGAGAUAUAGUGCUUGGUGGGGUCAUGAUUAUUUUUUCGAGGAAGACUCUAACGGAUAUAGCAAUAGGAGAUUAAAGAAUGCUAAAGAGGCUAGAGAUGUUAAUUCAAACUUAGAUUUGAUGAUUGUCCAAUUCAUAGGCCUAAGUGGGGGGAGGCCCAUUGUGACUAUGUUCAGGUGCCAGAUUAGUGACCCAAAAGAGGAUUUUAUCAACUCCCUUGAAGAGGCAGUGGCCACAAACAUAUGCAAAGAAGCGGGUAUGGUGUUUGAUGGAGUGGAUGAUGAUGUGCUACUGGCGUCUCUCAUGGACAAGAGACAGCAAAAGUGCCGAAGAAUGUAUGGUCUUAGAAAACGGGAAAAGAAGGGAACGACAUCUCUAGUUGCUCCAAGACGGGCUGAUCGAAGCGUCUUCAAAGGAGAUAGAUGGCUGGCUAUUCUGGAUUUUGUUAAUGAAAUAAAAAGGAUGAGGUUGAUUUGUGUGGUGCAUGGAGCCCAUGAUAAAGCGGAGAAAUUGAAGCUAUGGUAUGAGUUAUCCGAUUUGAGAACAACGUGUCGUGCUGCUAUGGUGAUUGGAGGAGACUUCAAUGAUAUUUUGAAACCUAAGGAAAGAUUGGGGUGUAAAGUGCUGUCACAGAGUGGUUGUAAGUUUAAAGCGUGGGUUGAAAAUAUGGAGUUAGUGGAGUUAGAGCUAAGUGGAAGGAAGUAUACAUGGUAUGGGGGUAGAAGGUGCAGCAGGAUUGAUAGGGUGUUUGUUGAUAAUGAAUGCUUUGUUUCAGUGGUUAAAGGUGAGUGGUGCAGUAUGAACGGGUCUGAUGUAUUGCAAAAAAUGAAGGCUUUGAGGAAACCUUUAAGACAAUGGAAUAAGGAAUGCUCUGGGAGUAUUGAGAGUAACUUGGUGAAAUUAGAAGAGGAAAUGAAAAAGGUGGAUGAAGAGAAAGAGAAGGGUGGGGAUGAUGAAUGUCUUUUGGCAAGGGCGAUGGCAAUUAGAAACGUGAUUGAAGUAUGGUAUGGGAGGAGGGAGGAUUAUUGGAAGCAGUUGUCUCGGUUGCGUUUUGCCUCGCAAAUGGAUAAAAACACUAAAUUCUAUCAUUCAGUUGCUAAAACCAGGAGGAGGAGUAAAGUUAUAGAGGAGAUCCACAUUAAUGGGAAUUGUUAUAGAGGUGUUGGUAGAGUAAAAAAUGAGGUGCGACAGUUUUAUAAGGAGUUGUAUAAGGAGGAGCAAAUACUUAACAUUCUUUUCAAUAAGUCGUUGGUGAAGUCUAUUAGUGCAGCGGAAGCAAGUAGUAUGGAAUUGAUCCCGUCAAAGGAAGAGAUCAAGUCAGCUGUGUGGCAUUGUCCUCCAAGUCGUGCUGCGGAACCUGAUGGGUUUAAUUUCAAGUUCAUUAGGAGACUGUGGGAGGUAAUUGGGGAUGAGUUUUGUAGUUCAGUGAGAAAGUUCUUCGUUGAUUGUAGUCUCCCGAAAGAAGCGAACUUGACGUGGGUGACCUUGGCGCAUAAGGAGGGGGGAACAAAUGAGCUGAAGGAUUCGGCCUAUAAGCAUGGUGGGGUGCUUAUACAAGUUUACGAAAUAGUACACUGGCUAAAGAGGUCAAGGAAGGCGGCUUGGUUGAUCAAAUUAGAUUUUCAAAAGGCGUACGACAGGGUUCGAUGGGACUUUGUUGACUUGGUUUUGGAGGGUAUGGGCUUCGGGUGCAUUUGGCGAAGGUGGAUCUGGGAGUGCUUGACAACAGCAUCGAUGGCUAUUCUCAUCAACAGAACAACGACAAAGCCAUUCAAUAUACAAUGGGGUCUCCGUCAAGAUGAUACAAUUCUCUUUUGCCCUUGCGAUUUUAAGACAAUUUCGAAUUAUAGGAGGGUUCUACUUGGUUUUGAGCUGCUGUCCGGCCUGAGAAUUAAUUAUGAUAAAUCUGUCUUGAUUGGAUUAAAUGUGGUAGAUGGGGAGACACAAAAAGCCUGUGAGGUGUUGGGGUGUAAGGAAGGAUAUUUAUCGAUUAAGUACUUAGGUGUACCCUUGGGAGCUAAUCUUAAGCGGAUUCAUAUGUGA